AGAACGAAUAAUGAAUCAUUUCGAGGGAAAUGAGAAUGAAGUUUCUACAGGAACUACAAUCAUUGCUAUUGCUCUGGGAGACUGUGUAAUCAUGGGCGCAGACUCUCGCAGUUCAGCAGGCUCUUAUGUUGCAAAUCGCAUAACGAACAAAAUCGAGCAAAUUGACGACCGGAUCUUCAUGUGCCGUUCAGGCUCCGCUGCAGAUACGCAGAAGAUUGGCAAUAUUAUUCGACAGAACCUUGAUUUCUUCAAGUAUAUCUGUUUUUAUCUUUUGAUAGCUAGAACCACAUAUGGAAUGAACCCUAUUGUGCGAAACGCGGCAACGUUGGGUCAUAAAAUCAUUUACAAAUACAAGGAUCAGCUUCAGGCUGGAAUCAUUAUUGCAGGAAUUGAUGAUGUGGAUGGAGCGUCGAUUUAUGAAAUCACAUUGGGAGGCAGUAUGUUACGAGUAAAUGUCGCUCUUGGAGGAUCUGGCUCGACCUAUAUCUACGGAUUUGUGGAUAGUAACUAUAAUCCAAACAUGUCGGUCGAAGAAGGAGUGGAGUUUGUACGACGAGCUGUCCAGCUGGCCAUAUCGCGAGACGGCCAUUCGGGAGGUGUCGUGAGAACGGUUGUAAUACGAAGAGACGGAGCAGAACGGAGUGUGAUAACGGAGAGAGAGUUCGUUUUUGGCAAUUAUUGGUGUUUGUUUAAUAAGUUUUAA